GGUUAACCUCCAUUUCGGCUAAUCAUGGGAGAGAUUAAAGUCUCUCCUGAUUAUAACUGGUUUAGAAGUACAGUUCCUCUUAAAAAGAUUAUCGUAGAUGAUGAUGACAGUAAAAUAUGGUCGCUCUACGAUGCGGGUCCCAGAAGUAUCAGGUGUCCUCUCAUAUUUCUGCCUCCUGUCAGCGGAACAGCAGAUGUUUUUUUCCGGCAGAUUUUGGCUUUGACUGGAUGGGGUUACCGGGUUAUAGCUUUGCAGUAUCCAGUGUAUUGGGACCACCUUGAAUUCUGUGAUGGAUUCAGAAAACUUCUAGACCAUUUACAGCUGGAUAAAGUUCAUCUGUUUGGGGCUUCUUUGGGAGGCUUUUUGGCCCAGAAAUUUGCUGAAUACACUCACAAAUCUCCUAGAGUCCAUUCCCUCAUCCUCUGCAAUUCCUUCAGUGACACUUCUAUCUUCAACCAGACGUGGACUGCAAACAGCUUUUGGCUGAUGCCUGCAUUUAUGCUCAAAAAAAUAGUUCUUGGAAACUUUUCAUCUGGCCCAGUGGACCCUAUGAUGGCUGAUGCCAUUGAUUUCAUGGUGGACAGGCUAGAAAGUCUGGGUCAGAGUGAACUGGCUUCAAGACUGACCCUGAAUUGUCAGAAUUCUUAUGUGGAACCUCAUAAAAUCCGGGACAUUCCUGUAACUAUUAUGGAUGUGUUUGACCAGAGUGCACUUUCAACCGAAGCUAAAGAGGAAAUGUACAAACUGUACCCUAACGCCCGGAGAGCGCACCUUAAAACAGGAGGCAACUUCCCCUACCUGUGCAGAAGCGCAGAGGUGAAUCUGUAUGUACAGAUACAUUUGCUGCAAUUCCACGGAACCAAAUACGCUGCCAUUGAUCCGUCCAUGGUCAGUGCGGAGGAGCUGGAGGUGCAGAAGGGCAACCUCAGCAUCAGCCAGGAGGAGCAGUAGACGUGUCUGUCGCCGUGAAUGAGGUGGCCCAGCGUGUUUGUGUACAAUCAGUGAUGGCAGCGCUGCUGCCAGCCUGCUUGAGGCCCCGGUUCUCACUUUGCUUUGGAAGUGGGACUGAUUGUCACCUUCCUGACGGGUGGCAACACUUCUAAGCCAGUGUAACAGUUCCCUCUUCAGUUUUUUUAGCUUUUCAAUUUGAAGAAGUCCUUUUGAAGACAUUUUAACAGUGAAAAUUUUGGUACCAGAAGUCUUCACUACUGUGUUCCUAAGUGAAUGUUAAUUUCUGAGGUUUGGGGAUUUUUUUUUCCUUUUCUUUUCCUGUCUUCUUUCUUGCUUUUUAUAUUAUUUACUA